AUGUCUCCUCCAGUUGCGAGCAGCGGGGCCUCGAAGCGCCCGCACUCUCCCGAAUCGCAGGACUCCGUACGAGAGCAAAUAAAAAGGUUCCUCAAGGAGGCGGCUGCGAAACCUCCGCCGAUCCAGGCUCGCGGAACCGCCUACGUGUGGUCAAUGCCUCCCAUACCCAAAAAAACCAAGAUAACACACGACGCCGACACUGUUGCCUUCAAUGCUACUUUGUCCAACGCGUCUAUUGCGCCUCUAGCUCGGACUACAACACCGCUAUCUGCUGGCAUGGCGGUAGACAAAGACAGCAAGGGAGUCGCCGCCCACGAGACUCUGUCUACUACGAAUGCGGACGGCGAUGAAUCGGCGACUGCAUAUCCGCGUCGCAAGCGUACAACAUCUACCAGCAACGAAAACGCGCACCCUAUACCUUGCGAGGGACCGUCCACGUUGUCUCGGACGGGUCGCAGUCCGCGCAAGUCGCUCACGUCCUCUGCGCCACUCGCGAACCACCCGUCUCCCGGUUCAAAGCCUGUGCGGCAAGCACAACCUUCCGCUACUCCCACACACUCCAUCCUUCCUCUCCCCGAGACGAGUGUCACGUCUCCCGCCCCCACUCGCCCACUUAUCGAUCCCGCGUCUCCUCUGCACGCUACCGCUGCCACGCAGAAGAAGUAUCAUGUCAAGGCCGAGUCCAAGAGUGCCCCUGCAUCCGCGAAGCCCGAUGCAUCGACCCCUCUGAUUGUUCAACGACGCAAUCCGAAGGACGGUCUUCAUACCGAUAUGUUGCCCGAGGCCAAGCUACGAGCCACAAAGCCCCUUCCGAAGCAACCCGGCGAGGGUCGCUCGUCCGUCAAGACUAUGGCGUCUGAUGCGCCGAAUACGAUACGGGCCACAUCGAGCGGGCCGAGCAGGGAUGUUCGGUCGAAGCAGCUCGGGAAUGGAUUGGUGUCGAGCGCGGAACCCACCUCAACGUCGUCGUCCUUGGCCUCGCGUCGGCGCAAACCCGCGACCACUGAGCGACCGGUGAUGACUAACAGUCUCUCCGCGGUGGCGAAGUCAGCCAGCUCGUCAAGGGUCAAUGCAGCGAACUUGUCUGUAAAGGUGUCUACGGGAUCCUCGCGUCUCGCCGGUUCCGUGGACACGCCGAGCGCCUCGCAUGCCGCGCCCGUCAACGGCUUGUCCAGAACAAGAUCGGAUAUUGCGACGACGGCUGCUGACGGACGUCAUUCAACUGGGCUCUUAGCCAAAGGCUCCAUCUCGUCAUCUUCAUCUGUUCGUCUGCCUUUCAGUAUAUCCAGACAGACGGAUCUCCUCAGGCACCGGAUGGCCCUGCCAUAUCCUGGGAGCAUCUGCACGCCAAACCUCGAGGGCUGGGCGGAGUUUGGGCCCUCAUUACAGGGUAAAGAAGGGACUAUGCCACCUGUGGAUGAUUGCAAGGCAUUUCUCGCUCAUGGUAAACGUCUAGCUCGAUACACUGGUUACAACGAGCACAAGGAGCUGAUCGCCGCGGCGAAGACGGCUCUCACAGGGAAAGAUGUUCACUCGUUUCACAGUGCAAGGCGGCGUCUGAUGAUGCUUGGAUUUCAACUUGCUUCGCUGUCUCAGUCUCCCGAACUGUGCGAUUCUAAGCAUCGGCUCCGAGAGACGAUGAAUAUCGUUCUCGAAGUUGCGUCAGAGUCUUGUCUUCCUCGGCCCAUGGAGAAUGCCAUAGCAUACUACGGCGCGGCGACCGACAACGUCACGUGUCCUCUUAACCGAAGCGACGUAGUAUGCGCUUUUGGGAGCGGAGCUGUACACGCCGCCAUGUUUCUCGGCGCUCUCAUUGGCUGCAACAGUACCGCAUACACACUAGGCAAGGAGUAUGAACCCGGUGCUCCUGGAAUACGUGCACGGCACAUGGCGCUUCCCGUACUACCUCCCAGACGAUAG